ACACGUGGCUAAUAAUUAGACUAUGAAUGAAAAAAGGACUAAACUGAACCCAAUUGAAAAUAACAUAACCCUUACCGUCUCGGUCUCGGUCGCCGUCGCCAUCGCCGGUUUCUCCACAAAAGGAAGCUGAUUGAAAUAUGGGGCAUUUGGUAGGUUGAUUUUCACAUGUUGCCCAAAACCUAGGGGGAAGGAUGGAUAUGUGUAUUAUUCAUUACGAAUUUAAGUUUUAUCUACUUAACAAUGUAAUUUGUCAUACAAAAUGUAUUUGAAAUCUCAAUUGUCAUGGAACGUGAUAAUCCCUGCUGAGAACCUUGAUGUUGAAGGUUUAAUGCUUCAGAAGGCAAUUGUUAUUCGCCUCCUGGAUGACUUCGCUUCCAAGAAGGCCUCCAAAAAUCUUGGUUACUUUAUGGCUCUUACUACAUUGGAGAGGAUUGGGGAAGGGAAAGUUCGAGAACACACUGGUGAUGUGCUUUUCCCUGUAGAAUUCAGCUGCAUUACCUUCAAGAUAUUCCGUGGAGAGAUUUUGGAAGGGGUUGUUGACAAGAUCUUGAAGCAUGGUGUCUUCUUGAGAUGUGGCCCCACUGACAAGGUAUACCUCUCUCAUCAGAAGAUGGCUGAUUAUAAGUAUGUGCCUGGAGAAAAUCCCAUCUUUAUGAAUGAGAAGAUGUCAAGAAUUGAGAAAGACACUGUGGUGCGUUUCAUCGUGGUUGGAGCAAGGUAUGUGGAGGCGGAGAAGGAAUUCCAAGCAGUUGUGAGCUUGGAGGGUGAUUACCUCGGACCCAUCUCACAAAAUGCUGUUUAGAUUUCGGUUAUUCACCAUGGUUGGUUCAUUUCAGACAUAGACCAGUGACAUGUAAAGCUAACUUCUGUAGCUAUAUCUGUAUUUAGUACUGUUUUGACUUUUUUGUUGAUGUUGCUGACCCUCUGUUUAGUGUCUUUGGUUGCUUAAGCCCUCAAGUGGUCAUGUUCUUCGCAGAUACAUUUACUUGUUAAGGUGAUAAACCUUUCCACAAAAUACCUUUCUGAAGUGUCUAGUUCUCUCGACUAAUUUCUCUCUAUGUGAACUUUUUUUAUUAUGUAUUGAAAAUGUUAUGAUCAGUAGUUCAAUGAUAG